GUGGUAGGCAGUGGACUAUCCAACCAGAUGGUGAAAUGUGACCCUCGCCAUGGUAAAUACAUGGCUUGCUGCCUGUUGUACCGUGGCGAUGUGGUUCCCAAAGAUGUCAAUGCCGCCAUUGCCACCAUCAAGACCAAGCGUACCAUCCAGUUUGUGGACUGGUGCCCCACUGGCUUCAAAGUGGGCAUUAAUUACCAGCCUCCCACUGUGGUGCCCGGUGGAGACCUGGCCAAAGUCCAGCGAGCUGUGUGCAUGCUGAGCAACACCACAGCCAUCGCUGAGGCCUGGGCUUGCCUGGACCACAAGUUUGACCUGAUGUAUGACAAGCGUGCCUUUGUUCACUGGAAUGUGGGGGAGGGCAUGGAGGAAGGAGAGUUUUCUGAGGCCCGUGAGGACAUGGCUGCCCUUGAGAAGGAUUAUGAGGAGGUCGGAGCGGAUAGUGCUGAGGGAGAGGAUGAGGGUGAAGAGUAUUAGGCUGUCUGCUAUGAUUUUUACACUCCGUUGUCUUGGGACUGUCUUUUUUCUGUUCUGGAAGCUGUCUGUCCGUGGCCCUAACUUGUCAAUAAAAGUGAUGUUUCUGUUUAAAAA